AUGAAGCAAACUCUCCUCUCCACCCUCGCUCUAGCAACGGCAUUCUGCAGCAUCCCAGCUCUCGCCCAAAAACCCGGUCCCAUCAAACUCCCCGGUCUGGGAACCUGUCCAGACGAAUGUGUCUCGAUUCGAAACCCAGCGGGCGGAGCCCUCUUGGCCUGCUGUGGUACCGCUGAGGGCUGUAUCGACUGUGCUCCGGAUUGCAUCGCCGUAUGUAAUGGCGGGACUGGAUUCUAUGGCAGCUGCACGGAUUUGGGAGGGGAUGUGGAGAAUACAUGUACCAAGGGUUGCGAAACCUUUUGUGAGACUGAGGUGAGCUUGAGUGUGAAUUUCGUUCGAUUUGGGGGAUUCUUCAAGAGGAUCGAGGCUGAUGCUGUGAUUCAGGAUUACACUGUGUGCACCAUCUCGGGUCAAUAUGUUGAUCCCGUUCCAGAGGGAUGUCCUGAUCCAAAUGCUUGA